CUGCAAAUAAAGUGUGUGAGAUAUAUUUCUCAGAUGAUGGAAAUAUAAAGGAAGAAGACAAGAUGUUUGUGGGAAUUACAACACAGGGAAAGAUGAUGAAGAUGCUCAAUGAUGGAGAUUUAGAUCCUCAACAGGUAGAAUUACAGUAAUACUGCAGAAUAAUAUAUUGAUAGUUCAGUUCAGGCAGAUUAUUAUUAGUCCAUUUAUAGAGCAUAUUAUUCAGUGUUUCAUUCAUUCAGUCACCUUUAAUUAAUCAUUCUUUUACAUCUAGGUGCAAAGAUUCUAUGAUGCAGUUGGUGCGUUUUACAGAGCUGCUGCACAGUAUGCUGUGGCAAAACUUCCAUUUCAUGACAAAGUUCUGGAGAAUUCUCGUUUUGUUAAUUUUGAGAAACGCAGAGAGCAUGAAUUCACAAUGGUCGAGUUCUUUCUACAACGAUUCCCAGAUCAUCUAGAAAUGAGUGUUGAAGAGCAAGAAAAACUGCAAGAACAGUUCAUAGACUAUCAACUUUUGUCAAAUGAUAACAUCCCCCCAACAUGUCUGGAAUGA